GAGCUGAACCUAUUUGGCCAUGUGGCCAGUGGCCGCUAUUCUAUUUGGCGUAUAUAUUCCCCUUGUCCAUGCGGUGGUUCCCCCCUCCUCCUCAUCGACAGACCUCGCGCCAUUAUUUGCUUCUCCUCUUCCUCCUCCUCGCUGUCCAUCCGUCCGUCCAUCAGUCGCCUUCCUCCUCCGAUUCUCCCCUCCGAUCCCCAAGCCCUUCAUAUUCACUGCCCCAGGAGCUAGCUCUGGUGCGUGCUUCCUUCGCGCGCCAUUGCUCCUUCUCGCCCCGGUCAAAGGCGCCCCCAACCCCUGAGCUUUAGAGCUAGCAGCUUCGAAAGGGAGCAGGAGGGGGACAGGAAGGAUGCUGGGAGCGACCCCCAAGGCGAGGAAAGGCGCGCCGGCGAAGCUGGGGUCGGUGAAGGAGGCGCCGCCGGCGGUGGCGCCGGCGGGGAACAAGGUGCCGGCGGAGGAGGUGUGGGAGGUGCGGCCCGGCGGGAUGCUGGUGCAGAAGCGCGGCGGCGGGCUGCCGGACGACGAGCCGUCGCCCAACGUCAAGCCGGUGCCCACCAUCCGCGUCAAGGUCAAGCACGCCGGCGUCACGCACGAGAUCUACAUCAGCUCCGAGGCGUCCUUCGGGGAGCUGAAGAAGCUGGUGGCGGCCAAGACGGGGCUGCACCCGGAUGACCAGAAGGUGCUCUACAAGGACAAGGAGCGCGACUCCAAGGCGUUCCUGGACAUGGCCGGCGUCAAGGACCGGUCAAAGCUCGUCGUCGUCGAGGACCCCGAGGCCAAGGCGCGCCGCCUCAUCGAGGAGCGCCGCAACGGGCGCCUCGAGAAGGCCGCCAAGGCCGUCGCCGCGGUCGCCGCCGAGGUCGACAAGCUCGCGCCCAAGGUGGCGGCGCUGGACGCGUCGGUGCGCAAGGGGGAGAAGGUGGCGGAGAACGACGUGGUGCAGGUGACGGAGCUGCUCAUGAACGAGCUGCUGCAGCUCGACGCGGUGGUCGCCGACGGCGACGUCAAGGCGCAGAGGCGGAUGCAGGUGAAGCGCGUGCAGAAGUACGUGGAGACGCUCGACGCGGUGGCGGUCAAGAACGCCGCCAUCGUCCGCAAAUCCGGCGAGAGGACCGCCGCCAAGCAGCAGCAGCAGCAGUUGCCGGCGCAGCAGCAGCAGCAGCAGCAGCAACCAAGGCGGCAGCAGCCGCCGCCGCCUCAGCCUCAGUACAAUCACCACCAGCAGCCGGCGGCGGCGGGGCAGACGCGGUGGGAGAUGUUCGACCUGCUGUCGUCGCUGCCGUCCACGUCGUCGGCGUCGUCCACGACCACCGUGAGCUCGACGGCGUCCUCCGGCGCGCUGCCGACGAACCGGCUGGACUGGAUGCUCUUCUGACGGGGGAGGGCAAGCACACCACACCCCGACGAGCGAUCGAUCACCGGCGCAAAAGGCGAGGGGAAUCGUGGAAAGCGAAAGGGGAAUGCAGAUGCGAUGCUUGUGUGCCAAGGAUUGCACCCGUGCUCCGAUCCGAUCCUUGAUGAGACGAUGACUGGGCGAGUGAUCGAGCGAGCUACCUUGCUUGCUUUGCUUGGCCACGCAUCGCAUGGUAUGGUAUGGUACGGGUGGUGGUAGUUCAGCAUGUGAGGAUGCAUCGUGCAUGUGAGAGUUCUUUUUUUUUCAGUUCUUCUUCUUGUUGGUCACCAUAAUGUUUUUGAGAUUC